AUGACAGACUUUGUGCAAAACUCCAAAGCAAUUUCAGCCUCGACAGCCGUGCGCCAGCAUAGCGUAAGAGUCUACAGUCUCACCGGCGUCAAUGUCCUGUGCGACACACCAGCCACUCGCAUCCUCUUUGGCGACUCCAGGCGCGCCACAAGCGUCCUGCUCGUGUCCGGCAAAGUCAUCCACUUAAGCAAAGAAAUCAUCGUAUCCUGCGGCACGCAACGAACACCUCAACUCCUCAUGCUCUCUGGCAUCGGCCCUGCAUCCGAGCUUUCGAAACAAAACAUCCCACUCCUUCUCGACACGCCAGCCAUCAGCCAAAAACCUCUUCGAUCACAAUGCCAUGAUCACAUUGCACAAGCUCAAAGACCCGACCAAAAGCUACGCGCGUUCCUUGACAGGUACAAACAAGCCAGAAUGAGCCAGAAUACGGCCAAGGCCUGA